AUGUCAAUUCGAAACUGUGACAAGAAUCAUUUUUCACUUGUUUGGCUUGGAAAUGAAUCCGACGAAGAUGUCUUAGGGAUCAAAUUCAUAAAUGAAUUUAAAAACUAUGAUGAAUUCAAAGAAUAUACAGUUGAUAAAAGUCACUGUUCAAUAAUUCUCAUGGUUUCGAGUAAAACAGGUGGAUAUAUUCGGUCUGAAUGGACUGUUAAAUUAAGUUGUAUUAUCUUACUUUUCUUUCUAAGCGGUUUAUCAGUAAGAACGCAACAACUUCUUCAAGAAUUGCUUCAUAUUCGUCUUCAUGUUCUUGUUCAAAUAUAUAGUUUAAUAAUCGUUCCAUUUACUACUUAUGGUUUAGCAUUAUUAUUAAUAAAAUUAUCUUUAAAUAAAGCAUUGAUAGUUGGUAUAAUUAUAAUGGCAUCCAGUUGUACAACUAUUUCAAGUAAUUCUGUUAUGACUAAAAAUGCAAUGGGAAAUGAAUAUGCAGCAUUAUUGAAUGCCGUUCUUGGAAAUCUUCUAGGAAUAUUCGUUUCACCAGCUAUGAUAUUUUAUUUUCUAAAAAAUCCAGUAUUUGAUUCAUUAUCAAUUACAAAUAAUACUAAUGGUCAAGUAAAUUACGGGCGUAUCAUUAGAAAUCUAAUUUUAACUGCUUUAAUUCCUUUUUUUGUCGGACAAAUAAUUCGUUUAUUAUGGCCAAAACAAGUAAUGGAUUUACGACAAAAACUCUAUUUUGCUGAGGUCACUAGUUUAGCAAUAUUAACCUUGGUUUGGGCAGUAUUUUGUACAGCUUUUGCCACUGGAUCAUUUCAGGCAAUACAGAAAAAAGAUCUUCUCAUUUUAGUUUUAACUGAUGCCGGAAUUUAUGUGUUUUUUUCAUCAUUGAUUAUGUUUAUAGCUAGAUUACCUAUUCCACGCUGGCAGUUUUCUCGAAAAGAUACCGUAGCAAUCAUGUUUUGUGGUGCAACAAAAGCUUUAACAAUAGGAAUUACAUUGAUAAAUGCUUUCUAUGGAAAUCAAAAUCAAGAUAUCACUGGUGUACUCUCACUACCAAUGAUUAUUUAUCAUGUUGAACAAUUAGCAAUUGGUGCUAUCGAAGUUAUUCUAUUAAAAAAAUGGAUAGAAAGAGGAAUAAAUAAACAACCAUCUGUACAAAACGACAAUAUCAAUAUUCCAUUGAAGAAUACAGAUGAUCUUCAAGUAGUCGAAACAGAAACUAUAAACGUUAAAUGCCAAUAA